CCGUGGAAAAGAAAAAGUCAUUAGUCAUAGGAGUUUCUGCAUGUUCCAACUCUCGACGGGUGGAUUUCCUGCAUCCCCAGGGAUGAGUAUAAAAAUGGCCAGCGAUAUUACAGUUCUCACUUCCAGAAAAACGUGCACACCUCGAAAGACCUGCUCGGUAGUACUGCUUCGAACAUCAACAUGAUACUUAUAUUUUUGUGCCUCGCAGUUUGCUGCUCUUUAGCCAGCACCAAUGUUGUGACCUUGGAGAGGAGAAAACUGGUAGAUGUCUUGAAUCAACUUGGUGAUGUCAAAGACUCAUUACAGACCAAAGAACUGCUGGUGAAUACACCGCCACAGAAUAUUGAGGAUUGCUGUUGUCUGUCGGCAUUACGAUGCUUCCAAGAAAGCUUACAGGGGAAAUUCAACAUGACGGAAAGAAUGCAAAACAAAUUUUACAGAGGCCUCAAGCACCCAAUCACUGAGAGAGGUCUGGAUUUAUGUAAAUCGGGAUAUUCGGCCAGCUGUGGAACAUGUGAUUCUCAUCCAAAGGCAAGUGCUAAGGAAUUUGUCAACAGAUUGGAGCUACUUCUUCAAAGGGCUAUCGCUAGACUGAGCGGGAAAUGAGCAAAGAGGAAGUACAAGUGGAGAAUGAGAAGACACUAUGCUGAGGAGACAUCAAAUCCAAGCUGCGGCCUUCUAUUUAUUUAAUUUAUUUAUUUAUGCAUUUCUUAAUCUGAAAAGACAAAUUGCUUCUUUAUUGCCCUCUUGUGGUUCAUUGUGAAAAUUUCAAUGUGAGCCCUGGACUGGCUGAUGCCAUUUAUACUUUUUAUAAAAGAAUUUUGCUGUGGGUUUCUUUGAGUAACAUUUACCUACCAUAUUUUGGGGGACGUGGUGGAUUUUAAGGCACACCAUUAAUGAAUGAGGUUAUAAUCAAACUUGUAAAGUGCAUUUGUGCAUCAUUUUACAGCAUUUUGUCAUUUAUCUUUUAACACUGUUGUUAUCAUUUUAUAAAUGUAUUUAUUAUUUGCUUUAUUUAUGGGCAUGUUUGUCUUUGUUGUAAAGCACUUUGGGGACCUUUCGGGUUUUGUAAAGGGCUAUAUAAAUAAAUUUGAUUGAUUGAUUGAUUGAUUGA